UCACCCUCCCCGUGCCUCCCCCCCUCCCGCAUGCCUCGCACUCGCAACCAACCGGGCAGGGCGGUUGGCAGUGCUAGGGUAGCUGUGCUUUUGCUUAUGGCCAUCGCGCCGUGUGUUAGCCCCCGUGCUGGCGCACUGCGCUGCAGCAGUUAGUUGUAGCAGCAAAGUGGUCGCACGCCUGCUCCCAGCGCAGCCACAGAAUCGAUCGACAUCGGACAUGCAUGUGGAAUUCUCCGGAGCAAAGGCGUUUCGAUGGAACCGCAUCUGAGAGCACGAUCGAGCAGUCAUUUGCCAUACCUCACAGUUUGAGUGCUGGCACCGUUCUACUUACAGGGAUUCCAGAGAAAAGGAGGGCGCAGCCCCCGCAGUCCCUGACCUUCCAAGGCCAGAGGGGAGACCUCCAGGCGCCCCCAAUGGAACGGUUGAGUGUACGGGUGCCGUCGGCUGAAUCAAUAGGUGCCUGUUCGCUGGACGUGGAUGCAAGCGAGUCUUCAGCACGGCCAAUGAUGACCAAAGAGGCAUCGGAAGUGACCCUUCGCAGCAUGGUCAUGUCUACCCGCGAGAGCUCGUCUGUGGCAGCGAGAGGAGCACUGGACAGCAACGUCUCGCAGUUGUCAAACGGCUGCUGGAACAUUGGCGGAAGCACUGUAGAAUCGCUGACCACCAAAGUGCCAGAACACCGACCAUCCUACCUUGGCAUCAGCUGUGCCAUCAACGGGUACACGAACUACAGCCAGUUUUGCCGUAGCCGCGACAGCAGUCCCGCCCGUCUGAGCCCCCGCACCACAGCCCCACACUCUACAAGCCCCGGCAAUCAUCUCAAGGUGGAGCCCAUUCUGGAAAUCAAGGCCAGCAAUGGCCGUGGGGAGCUCACGAAUGGCCGCCGCCAUCACGGACCCCAGGAGUUCUCGGCAGCGCCCGAGCCCUGUACAUCUCUCGUGCAGCAACGAAUUGCCGCACUAUAUGGAUCGGAAGCGGCAGAGAGGGUGGCGCGCACCCGAACACGAACGGCCAAGAGCCCGCUCAAACUGGAAAAAGCCAUCUCAAAACGUAGCCCGUCCUGCCCCGCACAAGUGGUCCGCGGCCGUUCCAAGAGCCCACCUGUGUUCAGGCACCUGACACGCGACUUCAAGGAACAUCUCCGUUUCUCAGAAGUGUCCGCCUCGCCGGCCGAGAACUUGCCCGGGUUCAUUUCCGCAGCGUCGCGUCUCCCUCAUUUGGGCUCGCCCGUAAAACGAGCUCCUUUUUUGGCAACAUCUCUGCGCAUCUGUGAUGUGGACAGGGGUGACAGUAGUGCACUCAAAGUAGACGUCCUCGAAGAAUCUCGGAAUUGCCAAGUUGUCAAUGGCGGCGGUGCACAAAAGCUCAACGGGAACCACGCUGCUGCUGUUGAUGAAGUCGACAAGGCAUUGGAUUUGCCUGUCGAGAUGGCACCCACACAACACGUGUCGUCACUCCUCUCCCCCGUGUGUACCAAGGCGCUCUCGUCGUCAGACCUGCCCGUGCGGGAGGGCCACAUGUUCCUUGCCACCCUGUCGAGCACACAAGAGGUCCUCGAGUGUCACAUCAGGGAAGCCGAGCGGGACCUGAAAGAGGCUACCCUCUCGGAGGACAUGAAGGGCCGGAUACGGGCAGCUAUCGGCAAGGCCAACCUCCUCAUCAACAAGAAGUUUAAGCAGUUCAAAGAACUCUGCCUUAAGAACAUUGACCAAAAUGUUGAUGAUCCUUUUCCAACUACUGGAUCUGACUUGGCUGGCUUUUGGGAUAUGGUCAUGUUGCAAGUUGACAAUGUUCAAGCAUUGUUUGAGGAACUCAAUGUGCUCAAGGCAAACAACUGGGUUGAACCUGCUAAGACGGAAAGUAAAAGCACAGCAUUGCCAAGACCAGUCAAGAAAGUGGCCUCCCGGUCUACACCGGCAAGUCCGAGAAGAUCCGAGAAGGCCGAAGAAGCAGCCAAGUCCCGGCUGGAAGCACGCAAGCGGCUUAUGGAGGCCAAGCGGCAAGCUCGACAGCAACAGCAAUCACAACCGGCCGCAGCCCCCAACGAGGACAUUGCCAUUUUCGUGCCACAGGAAAAGACCAACUGACCACACGGAGGCUGCAUUAUUGGGCGAAGAUGGCAGUCAGGAUAGUGCUCGGCUCUGCUGUCGUGCACAUUGCUGGCACAUGAAUGCCUUACCCCACAGAGUGUGCAUUUUUUUCUUUUUGCAUGCAAUAAUGGUGCCGCCCACAUUGUGGACUCUGGUUGCCGCCAUUGCCCGAGAGAGUUGCGUGCAGCAAACAGUGGCAAAGCACAGUCUGACAGCUAAUGUGCGAGGUGCGUUGCUCAUUGCACAAAUAAUACACACAAAAACAGACUGUUAUAUUAGCGACAAACACAGUUACUUCUUAUUACGGAGAUCACAGGAAUAGUUGCGAAUGACAAGACGUAGUCAUCAGUUAAUGCCUCAGUAUUAGGCCUAAAAAUUAUGACAGCAGAGCCUCAGGAAGGAGCGCAUCAAAUUAGUGGAUUCAAAUAACCCAAAUGUGGCAGAAGCAGGUGGCGAGUCUCAAUCAGCACGUUGUUUCAAGGCGUGACUGGAUGCCAUAGCCAGUACGUAAAUGCAUAGUCCAACAUCAAAACCUACGUUUCGUGGUCAGAUGGAGCGCAUAAUUUCCAUGCAAUACACACCACUUCCAUGACUUAAGAACAGAAGAGGUUUGAGGCACACUGCGAAAUGUCAGACUUCCUACUCUCCCAAGUGACAUCAGUUUGCUUGUUCCUUCUUCAUUCUUUCUCACCUUUUGUAGGAAGCUCUACACGGUCUUUAAAUGUCAUCACAUGUAUAGUACUUUAUGCCUCGUUCUCCUGUGUUUUUCAUGACGACGACUGCGCACAAGUUUACUUAGAAGCAUCGCUUUACACUGCGAACAUUUAGUUACAGAGGGAAAGCUAUCAUGCUCACCUACAGAGUUAUGGGAGGUGAAACUGAAUCUCUUAGUUGGCAAAAGCUGUGCAAACCGACCUGCAAAGUGUGAGAACUUGUUGAGGCAGACCAUAAAUGUUUGUGCUGUUCCUCUUACAUGUGAAAGACAUUUGUUCUAUCGAAGUGCAGUCUUUGUUGCAAUUCUUUUUUGGCAAGUUUUGAUAGCUGUUAUAGGUUAUCAGGUGGUGUUUAGCACAAUGGCUUCAGGAAAAAUCUGGCAGCUACAUGUUCCAGCAGUUUUGAUUUUUAUAUUCCCAAUUUACAGCAGCUAUUCUACUAGAGAAAUUGCUUCACUGUUCAUAUCAAUCUAAUCUUAGAUGAGACGCAAUAUUUGCUGCCCAAGGGAAAGGCAGUGUUGCUGCAAACAUGUCAUCGUUAUUGUCAAGGUUGUCGUGAGAAAUGCUCGUGUUGAAAUGCUGGGCUCAUGCAUUCCACUUUAUCGUGUAUCGUUAUCAGAAGUUUUCCCAACAAUUUAGGAGCUGUUCUCAAAUGUGGACCAAUCAGCAGAAUAAAAGAGACAGUUUGGCUACCAUAAAUUAUUGAAUAACUUCUUUUUUUAUUACUUACUGUUGUGGCUUACAUGCCAUCAGGAGAUGCAGCAUACUAGAAAAUCUAUAAAUUAUUGCAGUCAUGCUUAUUAAUUUGCUUGUUUGCAAAAAGGUAUCUGCACUAGCACAUGCACACAGGUGAUCCUACUGUUCUGUAAUGACAUUGUCGUGGUCAAGUGUCAGUACCAUUGUUUAUGAUAAGUAUUCAUGUGGUCAUUCAAAAAUCUGUUAGAGUAGUUUGAUGGUUACGUAAGCACUAUAAACCGACAAUGCAGCACUGUUACUGAAGAAAAUAAGUGCAGGUAGCUCUAAAAAGAGGUGUGCAAACAUAAAUCAAAUGUUUGGUAUUAUCUUAUUCAUGUUCAGUUCAUUAGACUAGUUCACUAUCCAUGUCUGGCAAUGACUCCCUAACAUUGACUCGGCCGCAGGUACGAUUUCUAAGCUCAGGCACCAGUUUCCCUGAGUGGACUUGAAAUAAACUUCGGUCUUUCAUUAUGAAAGCCUUAAAUUUUGGCAGUCCGUAUGUAAAUUUGUAGACCAAAUGUGGGUGCAGAAAUUAUUUGUUAUCUGGCUAAUACCACCACAUUUUCAUUCUUUUAAAACGAGGGCAGUUGGAUUAAAUGGAAUCACUGCAUGCUAUCUGCAUCUUGUGACAUGUUCUUUAUUUUUCAAUGUUGUUUUUGUGCUCUAUACUCAUCAUUUCAAGACUAAGACUUAGUACACACAUUUGUAAAGCACAUUACAUACAAUUUAAUAUGUUUGUGAGUAUGCCAUACAAAUAACUUUUAUGAAAACUCUUUUACCAAGAGGAUCCCAUGCAAGAUCUGUAUUUGCUUGUUUUCAUGGUGGCAAGGCGGCAGACAAACACGCCGAGCUGAUGAAUGCCUCAGUGAGUGAGGUUCUCCAAAGCCUCUCCCGCACGCAACCAAAGCUGUAACACACCGACACCACACAACAAACAUAAAUACAUCGAUCGUGCGCUUCAUCAUACUUAAUAUUCAAUUAAAUGUGAGGCAGUUCUUUUUCUUAGGCGUACGUGGUCAGUUUAAAAGAUUCACUGUCCUAGCACCCUUGAGAAAAUGCCAGUGUUAACGUCUGUUAAGUUAAUUACAGUUGACGUGUGUCAGUGUGCAUAAGCCUAUAAAGGUCUAAAAUUUAAACAUUUGAAUUUGCAAGCAAAAUUGAAUUUGCAGCAACAAACGCACAAUAAACAAGUCAUUUUUGUUGCACUGUCUGCACAAUUGCACCUGAACCUCCGACUGAGGCAAAAUGCACUAUUCAUUGAUGAGCAAGCUAGCUUUACCAAAUACGCUAGACUUGGCAAGGUGCCUUUGUUGGAGAAACAUCUUGUUCAAGCAUGGCACAUCAUAUUCGCACAGAACACCUGACAUAUCUUCAAUGCAAAGUCUGUCAGAAUCUAUAGGGCUACAGACAUUGCUAGUGGCAAUAUGAAAGCACGGCUGUCAUGCAAUAUUUAGGCAAUUUGCCUGGACAGACCGUCUCUUUAAGACAAACUGUGUAUUGAAAGCUUCAGGCUAUUUCAUUUCUCUUUUUUUAGGAUUUUUACUCAAAUUAGUGAUUUUCGACAAGUUUGUACAUUUUCUCCAAUAAGCUGUGCGGAUUGUACAUUGCACGGGGAAUAUGCAUGUUGAGUAUUUCAAUGACAGUACCUUUAUUCGUUCACGAACUCAUAAAAAGAUACAUAAACAGGCAUAGUCGAGCUGUUCUGGGUGUACACUUUAAAGCAUUGUGUAGUGUUGUAAUAAAGCAGACAUUCACCAUGAACAUCAACAUGCUCCAGGUUUAGGUACAAUGCACUACUUUUUUAUAAAGAACAUAGCUGUAAGUGCAUAUGGUUGCCUUGCUGGUGAAACAAAAAAUGAACUCCAGCAUUCGGUACUUAUUUUCCUGGCUUGAUUGCCUCUGUACAGCAAGUCUGAUGAAACUGCAAUAUUUCGGUCAUUCUUUUCGUAGACACACAAAAAUUCUUUUUGUCUUGCAUCCCCCCCCAGCCCAAGUGAAAACAAUCAUCUGCCUUCCUCAAGCCAUACUUAGCUGUGGAGAAAAGGUCAAUUUCCGCAUUGAAAGUGCAAAAAAAAAAAGGAAAGGUGCUCAAGGACCACUAAACGCUAUCCUUCACGAAUUGUUCCAAGCGUGUUGCGUAUUUUUCGUAAGACCGCAUAACCAGCGCACCUUUUACAUUCCGCAGGGUCAAUGUUGCUAUUUCGUACUUUAGUCGCCUGUGCACGCUACUUGCCCAAGACAUUUUGUAUGUGCGACUUCUCUUUAUUACAUGUUGCGCGAGUAUUUAUUUGGAUGCUGUUGGCACUCUUUCAGAGUCUUUUUUUUUCACAAGGGGGCGCCACUACAGCUUAUAAACUAUUUAUCUUUUCAGCAUUGUGUGUGAAAUGAUCACUGAAGGGACCUCAUAGUAGUGAUGCGAUGAAAAAAAAAAAAACGGUGAUGUUCUUAGCUUCUGCCUUCUUUAUAAUGUGUUUGUCAAGCUGUCAUAGAAAUGAAGUGUACUUCAGUGGGGUGUCAAUGUAUAAAAUAGUUCUUAUUUAUUUCACUUAGCAGUGCUACCCAAUUUUGUUUCACUCGUUUGUGUUUAAUGGUUUGCAUUGCGUGUGCAUGACUAUCGCGGUGUGGUAGUCAUUCUUGGUUGCACUGUUUUCGUUCUCGUAUGUGAUGUAGCUUUCACUAGCUCAGACUUCAUAAUAUAGAAAGGCACCUACUGACGUGUAUGGCAAAAUUGCAGGUGCCAGCUAGACGGAGUGUUGUUUUACACCUUUUUUGCUUUUGUCCUAUUUAGAUGGAUUCCGUGCUUUCACAUUUGUUUUCUACUACCGCGAUUAAUUUUUCCAUUGAGUGUACCAAUGUAGAUAACUCGUCGUUCAACAAAAAAUUCCCUGAAGUGUUGUUCUUCCACUCGCCAUUUUCGAGGUUGAAUAAACGGCAGCGUGGCGUGAGUGAAUGUUUUUUCACGCCAUCGCAGAAAGUGUUUCUCAUACAUGGGUAUGUUGACUAUUUGCUUUGCAAGGAAUAAAGUAUGUAAGAAGUGAUA